UUCAAUCCCCCCUCUCUCUCCUCGAUUUUCUCUCUCCACACCAUCGUACGCCUUCUUCGCCACUACGGCCUCUCUCUCUCUCUCUCUCCAGCCCACACAUACAAUGGGGGGAGAGACAUAAAAACAAAAAGGUGGUAGACAGAUGCAUGAGCCACAAUUAACAAAAUAAACAAUAUUGAGACCAUACUCGCCACCACCUUCUUCUUCCUCUUCCGUAAAAGUCUAAUCUUCUCGUGGGUUUUCUCUUCUGGGUUCUGCGCUUUCUCAGCAAUUAAUCAUCAGCUCAUCUGACACUUUCUCUUCAGCUACUCCACCUCCUGUGUCCAAGGAAAAGAUCAGUAUGAUAGGAAGGCUUUUGAGUUAAACAUUGUGCUCUAAUGACUUGUUAAGAUAUUGGAAAUAACCAUGGUAAGCUUGAGAAGGCGCAGACUUUUGGGACUAUGCUCAGGGAACAGCUCCUUUGUCACUCCGCUUCCUCUGUAUUGUGAGAAUUUAACUGCUUAUGAACAAUCAAUUCAGCGUGCCAAACUUAAGAAUUCAAAUCCUAUGAUCUCAGAUGACAAAAGCAUCCUGGACAGUAAUACCGUUGUGAAAGAAGAACCUGGAUCAUCGAAUGCAUCGGGCUCUAGCUCAUCAAAGGAGCAGCCCAGUGAACAGGUUUCAGGGCCUCCUAUCAAGCGCAGAAAGCGGCACAGGAGAAAGAAUUCACAUAAUCAAGAAGCAUGUCCCAUGAGAGGCGUCUAUUUCAAAAACAUGAAAUGGCAAGCAGCUAUAAAGGUGGAUAAGAAACAGAUCCACCUGGGGACUGUUAGUUCCCAGGAAGAGGCUGCUCACUUGUAUGACAGGGCUGCUUUCAUGUGCGGGAGGGAGCCGAACUUUGAGCUUCCAGAAGAAGAGAAGCGAGAACUGCGUGAAUUUAAAUGGGAAGAAUUUCUUGCCAUGACGAGGCAGGCAAUAACCUGUAAAAAACACAAGAGAAGAGUUGGCCCUGGCUCACGCAGGUCGGAGCUGCCACCGGUGCAGAAAUAUGAAUGGGACAGUAAGCAAGGAGCAAGUGGAUCCUCUGCUUGUGAAGAUGCAGAGCAGGAAGUAUCAGUCUCUUGAAAAUUAAGACUGAGCAAAGAUGAAGCCCUAGUUCUAACAGUUCCAUUUUAGUAGCUAGUUUCCAUUUUCAUAUAUAGAAAAACAUUAUGUUAUAUUAGGCCAGAUUUUGAUAGAAUUCAUUGUCCCUAAGAUAGUAGAUUACUAUAGCUCAACUUAAUAAAAGGGUAACAAGGAAGCACAAAAUAUUAUUAACAAAUACAUGACAUGUGGACAUAUUUGAUGCUACUGAAGCGUCUUGUUGUGUUGUAUCUAAUUCAGGUGAUAACUACGAUAUGGUUCCAUUUUUUUAA